AUGGAAUGCGGGAUGUGUGAAUGGGAAGUGAGACGGCGUUCUCUUCCACAGGAGGCGCACGAAGCUUCUGGACACUGCUUGAAACCGUAAGUGUCGCAUCCAGAACUGCAACCCUGGCCUUGAACUGCGAAUUCGGUGGAUGGGGCGAAGGAGGAGGAAGCAGAGAACGAUGGAACCAGGGAGUGGCGGAGGGAGGAGAGGCGCGAUCGAACGUGGGACAAAUCGCGACGCUUCAGAAUUCUGUGGUCCUGCCUGGCGCCAAUUCUGUACACGAUUCGAGUGCCGCGACGACCUGGCGCGAGCCGCGGCAGGUAAGACAACGAGACGCGGGCGCCAGGUAAGACAACGAGACGCGGGCGCACGGACCGGAUCGAAUUGCGGCACGGCGCGGGCCCAUGCCGUACAUGCGUGCUGCCGAGCAGCGCCGCGGUCUCUUACAAGGCCGAGCGCGUAGCUCGGCCAAUUCCUAGGCUCUCUGGAAGCCGAAUUCGCGCCAGGGAGGCCGGGCUGCCGGCUGGCCACCUCACAGCGUCAGGAACCUGCACGUGGUGCACUGCGUCGUCCAUCGCGGAUACUCUGUCUCCU